AUGAACGUAAUUGGUGAGGUGGAAGGCAAGGUGGCCUUGACCUUUGACGACGAAAUUGAUACAGGCGGCACUGUGGUUAACGCCGCCAGAUCCCUGCUGGAUCACGGCGUCAAGGAGGUGUAUUGCUGCGCCUCCCACGCAGUGCUCUCGCGCAACGCGCCGGAGACCAUGGCGCAAAGGCCCUUCACCGAGAUAGUGGUGACCGACACCAUCCCCAUCGGCCCUGGAAAGCGCAACGGCAAGUUACCGUGUGUCGUUGGCCCCCCUCCUUGGAGAGGCAAUUUACCGCAUCCACUACGGCCAAUCCAUAGGUGA